UCUCUCUCUCUCUGAGUUGGGUGUUUGUUGGCACCACUGACCAGUGACUCACUUGCCAGGAAAAUCUUGACCCAAUAGCAGUCUUAGCUCUCUCUUCUCUCUCUCUCUGUUGCUGCUUCAAGAGCUUAAGAACAGUUCAAAAAUGGCACAGCACUUGCAAUUACCGACUUCUGGCAACUUGGAAGGUGAAGGAGUUGUCCCCUAUGAUGCCAAUUCUGAAAAUACUGAGAAGAUUAAGAAAGGUGAUUACAUGAAUCCUCAAGAAGAUCCCGAGGCUGGAUCCAAAGUCUUAGAUGGCGUAAGGACAUUAACCGACUCUCCUCAAAAUCAACAUAGUGGUAGUGCAAGACCCGAAAGCAGAAAAACAGAUAUGGAAACGCCAAAGGGUCCUGCAGAACCUUCGAAACCAAAACAUGAGCGGCAGCUGAGUCAAGAAGAAGGCGAUUUACGUAGAACUACUGAUUCCCCCUUGCAACAUGAGAGUGCUGGAAGAAAAUCUCCUCUUGAGUCACCUCUUCACCGCAAUGCUGGUGAGACCCCAAGGAGAGCUUCUCGUCAAAGUGAUCGCAGCCUUGAAGUUUCACCACUGCACCCUCAUUCCCACGCAAGGCUUGGAGGUAAAGGGAGCGGGGUUUCUUCUCCCUCGUGGGAAAGAAAAGGUUCAUCUGAAGGUGGCCGGGGAAUAGCUCCCUCAACACCUGCAAGAUCCCGGCUUAGACCAGUUGCAAAAGUUGAUGACACACCCGAUAACAGUCCCGUUGUUCCCAAAUUUGGAGACUGGGACGAUAAUGAUCCCGCAUCAGCUGAACAAUUCACUCAAGUAUUUGACAGAGUGCGGGAUGAUAAGCUGAGUGGCGCUGGAAAAGUACCCGCAUUGCCAGGCGAUGCAUCAUACUCAAACAGUGAGAGGCAAUACAGAAAAGAGAAUGCAAAGGGCUGUUCAUGCUUUCCAUGGCUUAGAAAGUGACAAAGCGUCAAAUUGACGAAUAGAGUGGAGCACACGAGGCGUGUAUACUACAUAUUUCUCGAGAUCGAGUCUGGGUUAUUGUAUAUGGUUAGUCUGGUUUAAGUAUAUUCUUCCUGUGUUGUUUUGCAUGAAGAUAAUGGAGAAAGAGAUUCAAAGAAAAAAAGGAAAAUAAGGGGCCUCUUCUCCUCAAGUAUUCUGAGAUAAUAUAUAUGGUUUCAUGUUAUUUGUAUUGCAUAUGUUGUAAGUCCACAUACUCUAUUGUGAUGAACAGAAAUGAAUUCAUGUUCUUUUCCCCAAUAAUUUUUUUUUUUUU